UGUGAGCGUGUGUCCUUUUUACGUUUGCAAAAUGUAUAUUUUUGAUUUCGCGCUGUGUUUGUGCGUGUGAACGAACUGCAAGAAUGCCCGGGUGCUGUUGCGCUCCAAACUGCAAGUCGAACUACGCAGGAGAGCCGAGCGUGCGAGUGCACGUGUUUCCCAACGACCCGGUGCGGCGGGCGGCAUGGACAAGAGCGGUUCCCCGAAAGGAUUUCGCUCCUACAAAGAACACAGUGCUCUGCGAGAAGCAUUUUUUGGCCAGCGACUACGUUAAAACGUCAAAGUACACAGACCAGAAGACGGGGAAGAUUAUUGAAGUGCCGCUGAAAGUCUUCCGGCUGAAGCCGGAUGCGGUACCGAGUGUGUUCCCGAAUUGUCCUCAGUACCUCUCUCGUCAAAAUGAGUGCACUCGGGAGGCUCCGGAGGAGAAACGAAAGCGUCUUGAGGACGAAUCGCUCCGCAUUGCCAUUGAAAAAUCUCUGGAAGAAAAACGACAACAGGACAAGCAGAACAAAGUUGCAAGCUUUUCCGAAUUCCUUCAUGCUCUGCCAAGCUUUAACACCUCACCAUUUUGGUCUGUGAUCAAGAUGGACUCGAAGGUUCUAUUCCUGGAUUUGACUGUUGAUCGGGGCGCCUCUGUGCGUUCAUCAGUGAUAGUUCAAGACAGCAUGUGUGUGGAAGUGUAUUUUGGGGAAACGCUCAUUGUGGAACUUGAUGGUGUCAGCGUGCCUGCUGAGUUACAGGACUUGCGGCAACUAUGUGACAUCCUUCAUCAUGUUGAGCGUCUUCGCACUCCUGAUGCUUCCAACAAUGUCCAGUGGGCUCGUCAACUGCUUGCGACUGUGAUGGUACUGUUGGAGGAGUUGAUAUGCAAUGAUCAGCAGCAUCAGCUUCACGGAUGGCAUCUGGAAAUCGUGAAGUUCAUAAAGUCUCAAGUGGAGCUCAUCCUUAAUAACGCAGCACGCUACUCGCCAGACCUGCUGGUAUUUGCAAGUCUCCUCUACACCAUUUCGCCGCAUGCGUACCGAUUCCUGAGAGGUUCACUGAAGGUAAAGUUGCCUCAUCCUGAAACAAUAAGACGUCUCUGCUCCACUCAACAGGUCAGCCCAGCCAUGGAACAGCAAGACUCCUGUUUUCUGUCAUAUGCUACGAAGGUUGCUACCACAAUGAAAGAACAUGAAAAGAUAGUAACUUUAAUGAUGGAUGAAAUCCACAUUCAGUCAUACUUUGAUUUCAAAGCUGGAUCAAUAACAGGUGCAGCAGUCAACACUGCAAGCCCAGCAAAAACAGCAUAUGUCUUUAUGACUCAGAGUCUGUUAUCUUAUCACAAAGAUGUUGUGCAUAUUUUGCCAGUGGCUACAAUUGAUGCAAAAUGCUUGCAUGAUUUUUUGCGAACGCUAGUUGUCAAGCUUGAGCAUACUGGGUUUAAAGUGAUUGCUAUCAUCUCUGACAACAAUUCUAUCAACAGGAAAACAAUGUCGUUGUUUUCAAGCCCCCCGAGACUAAAGAUAGUUUAUCAACAUCCAGCUGACCAAUCACGACCUUUGUUUUUUGUCGUGGACCCUGUUCACUUGUUAAAAUGCGUCAGAAAUAACUGGUUAAACCAACGCAAUGCAGGAAGGUGCAUGUACUUCCCAGAUCCGAACAGUACAGAAGCCACACCCAAAAUAUUAGCAGCAUCAUUCAAAACUUUAUUUGAGCUGCAUGAGUCUGCACAAAAUGAGCUUUUGAAGAUUGCUCCGACAUUGUCGUUGAAGGCGUUAAAUCCUUCUAACAUGGAGAGGCAAGAUGUAAAGUUGGCUUUGAGAAUCUUCAAUUCAUCAACAGUGGCAGCACUUAAUAAUAGCAGCCUUCAGCAUGCUGAUAGCACGGCUCAAUACAUCAACACCGUGCUAACAUGGUGGAAAAUUGUUAAUGUCAAGACCCCACGAAAGGGCCAGAGGCUUUUAGAUGACCUGCAAAAGCCCAUUACCUCGACUUCUUGCCCCCAGUUACAGUUCUUGGAGAAAAUGAUGCAGUGGCUCGACUACUGGGAGAGUCUGAAGCAUGAUGCAGGACAUUUGACAAGAGAAACACACUUGGCUUUAUGUCACACAACUCAUGCACUCCAUGAGAUUGCUAUCUACUGCCUUGAAGAGCUUGGUAUGCAGUACGUUUUGCUAGGCAAGUUUCAGACAGAUUGUCUCGAGGAUCGCUUUGGUCGGUACCGUCAGUUGUCUGGUGCCAACUAUCAUGUGUCAAUUAGGCAGAUUUACGAGUCCGAGACAAAGUUGCGGUUACAGAAAGUGCUUGAGCUGCCCGACGUUGAAACGCUGUGCGAUAUACCUGUCAUUAGUGUCAACUCAUUGCUAAGCCAGUUUGAUGUCACAGUUAGUGACAGCGAUAUUGAGAAGAAAGUGGCAAGGCUUCCAGCUGUCACAUACGUUGCAGGAUACUGUGCUCAUGCCGCACUAAAGAAACUGUUGUGCCAAUCAUGCAAAGAAAACCUGGUAAUGGAUGAUGCGGACAUAGACAUUGCUAAAAAUGUCCUUAUUACGAGCAUGACCAGGGGCGGGUUGAAGUUCCCACGUGAACUUGUUAUAAAUGCUGUGCUUGCCACAGAAAUAGUGCUCGACAAGCUAAGGAGUCCACGCUUCGCCUCUCAGUUCUUUGCACUUCCUAAGCAGAAAGAAGUAUUAGUGGCUCUUGUGUAUGGCAUCCUCAGUGAUAAUGAUGACCUGGAUGUUUGUGUUUAUGGGCAUGCUCCUCAACAGGUCAUGCAUUACAUUUUAAGUGCAGCAGCAAACACCCUUCUAAACAACUUCUGCAAAACAGCUAACGACAAGUUGUCUGCAACAAAGGCAAAAACAGCAAAUGACAAGUUGUCUGCCACAAAGGCAAAGCGAAAACUUGAAACUGUUAAAAGCUGAGGCGUCUUUUAUGCAGUCUUAUUUUGACAGUAUGGUUAGUGAAUAAAAUGUUUUUUCUUUCAUCAAUGUCAAUUAAAGUGCCCCGCAUCCUGCCAUUUGUCAGUGGGCUGCUAAUCUCUAUCUUUCUGUUCUGCACGAAAAUCGUGCACAUCUGUGUCCUGCAUGUUUGAGGCAAGAAUUUGUGCCGUGCCUUCGCAGAAGUGUACCAACUUCUUCCAGACGCUGAGUCGCAUGUGCAAUUUU